AUGGAGUCUGCGAUUUUUCAUUACCUCAGAGUUCUAAUUCUCUUCUUCUUCUUCACAUUAUCUUCUUUCAGUUUUGUUCUUCGUGGAGACAUAAACUUGUCUUUGAGAAACAGAGUCCGUAACAUUGAUAAAAGCUCUGUCCUUAUUGUUAAUGUCCAUAGUUUUGGUGCUCGAGCUAACGACCAUAGAGAUCACACCAAGGCAUUUGAAGCAGCAUGGGACAAGGCAUGUAAAUCAUCUUCAAGCUCUGUAGAUCUUAUAAUCCCAAGAGGUGAAUUCUCUGUUGGUCCUCUCAGAUUCUCUGGUCCUUGCACUAACGUAUCCAAUCUCACUGUCCGAGUUAAGGGUCAUCUCAAGGCAUCAACUGAUCUGUCAAAGUAUAGAUCAGGUGGAGGUUGGAUUGAGUUUAGAUGGAUCAACGGUUUAACUCUUACCGGAGGUGGAACAUUUGACGGUCAAGGCGCCGUAGCUUGGCCGUUUAAUAACUGUACUACCGAUUCUAACUGCAAACUCCUCCCAACAAGCUUGAAGUUUGUGGGGAUGAACAGAACAGUGGUAAGAAGGAUAAGCUCAGUGAACAGCAAGUUCUUUCACAUGGCAUUAGUUGAGUGCAGAGACUUCAAAGGCACAAGACUCAACAUCACUGCUCCUUCUGAUAGUCCAAAUACAGAUGGUAUUCAUAUCGAACGCAGCUCCAAUGUCUAUUUCUCGCGUUCACAUAUAGCCACUGGAGAUGAUUGUGUCUCUAUAGGACAAGGAAAUUCUCAGAUCACAAUCACUAGUAUCAAAUGUGGACCAGGACAUGGUAUCAGCGUUGGGAGUUUAGGAAGAUAUCCAAAUGAGAAAGAUGUGAAGGGGCUGGUGGUGAGGGAUUGCAAGAUGAGCGGUACAACGAAUGGGAUAAGGAUCAAAACUUGGGCUAAUUCUCCUGGUCUUAGUGCAGCUACCAACAUGACUUUUCAGAACAUUGUUAUGAAGAAUGUGACUAAUCCAAUCAUCAUUGAUCAGUCUUAUUGUCCUUUCUCUUCUUGCACUUCAAAUGUACCGUCGAAGGUGAAGCUGAGUGAUAUAUACUUCAAGAACAUAAGAGGAACAUCAUCUUCGAGGGUGGCUGUGCAGCUACAUUGUAGCAGAGGAAUUCCAUGUAAGAAAGUGUUCUUAGAGAAUGUUCAUCUCUAUCUUUCUUCUUCUGGUGGAGGAAUUGGAGAAAACCAGAGCAGAAACAGAGGAAGUGAAGCUGUCUCUUCUUCUUGUAGAUACGUUAGAGCUAGAUACAUUGGGACUCAAAUCCCACCCCCAUGUCACUAA